AAAAAAAAAGUAAUGGAAAUAAAAUAUUCUCUUGUUUUUCUUAUCUUCAUCUUUUGUUUUUCUUAUUUUCAUGCAGCGUAUUCUUCGGAUCUUGAUGUACUACUCAAGCUGAAAUCAUCCCUAAUCGGGUCUUCGGGUUCGGGUCUCAAUGACUGGGUUGCACCGGUGACGUCAUCUGCUUCGGCCCACUGCUCAUUUUCUGGUGUCACGUGCGACGGCUCUACCACGCGCGUGACGUCACUCAACGUCACCGGCGUACCACUUUUCGGCGUCAUCCCGCCGGAGAUUGGGCUUCUGAAUAAGCUCGUUAAUCUUACUCUGGUGGCAAAUAACCUCACCGGUUCUUUGCCGAAGGAAAUGUCCAAAUUAACCUCGUUGAAGUUAGUUAAUCUCAGCUGGAAUGCGUUCGCCGGAAAAUUCCCUGAUGAAAUGGUGCUGAAACUGACUGAACUCGAGUUCUUCGAUGUGUACAACAACGAUUUCUCCGGUGAUCUUCCCGUGCAGUUCGUCAAGUUGAAGAAGCUGAAAGUUCUUAAACUCGCCGGAAAUUAUUUCUCCGGCGAAAUCCCGGAGAUGUACUCUGAAUUCGAGUGCUUAACACAUUUGUCUCUGGAAGGAAAUAGCUUGACCGGAAAAAUCCCCUCCGGUUUGGCCAUGAUUCCGAAUCUUCAGGAGCUUUAUCUCGGCUAUUUCAACACCUACGACGGCGGUAUACCGCCGGCAUUCGGGUCCAUCUCCACGCUUCAACUGCUUGAUCUCGCAAUGUGCAAUCUCACCGGCGAAAUUCCGGCGAGUCUCGGGAAUCUGAAGCACUUGCACAGUUUGUUUCUUCAGGUGAACAAUCUCACCGGCCAAAUUCCGCCGGAGCUCUCCGGUUUGGUUAGCUUGAUGUCGUUAGACCUCUCCAUUAACAACCUCGCCGGAGUUAUACCGGAGAGUUUUGCCGAGCUGAAGAAUUUAACGCUGAUUAAUCUGUUCCAGAAUAAAUUCCAGGGUCCCCUGCCGGGAUUCAUCGGCGACCUCCCGAAUCUUGAAGUUUUACAGAUAUGGAACAACAAUUUCACUCUCGAGCUGCCGGAGAAUCUUGGCCGGAACGGUAGAUUGAUAUUAUUAGACGUCACCAAGAAUCAUCUCACGGGAACUAUCCCGAAGGAUCUAUGUCAAGGAGGAAGACUGAAAACAUUGAUUCUGAUGAACAACUAUUUUUACGGCCCGAUUCCCGAAAACCUCGGGGAUUGCAAAUCACUGAUCCGUAUUCGAAUGAAGAAGAAUUUCUUGAACGGCGUUAUUCCGGCAGGGCUUUUCACCCUGCCGUUGCUGGACAUGCUCGAACUUACCGAUAACUAUUUCUCCGGCGAGCUGCCGGAGAAAAUCUCAGCCAACACGCUCGGGAGCCUUGCGUUGUCCAACAAUUGGAUAUCCGGGAAUAUUCCCGCGUCGAUCGGGAAUUUGUCGAAUCUUGAAAUUCUAUCGCUUGAUAUGAACAAAUUCUCCGGCGUAAUUCCAGGCGAGAUCUUCUUUAAGCUGAAGAAACUGUCGAUGCUGAACUUGAGUGGUAACGGUUUAACAGGUGAAAUUAAUAUUCCGGCCGGUAUUACUCGUCGUAGCUCCCAUUUGACUUUCGUUGACCUCAGUCGAAACAAUCUAGAAGGUCCGAUUCCGAAAAGUAUCUCUAAGCUACAAAACUUGAAUGCGCUUAACUUGUCAAGAAAUGAACUAAACGGCGCAAUUCCCGAAGAAAUCGGGUUUAUGAAAAGCUUAACAAUAUUAGAUCUUUCGUACAAUGAUUUUUCGGGGAGACGACCCGUAACGGGGUUAUUGAAAGAUCUAGACGACCGUUUUUUCGUCGGGAACCCUAAUCUAUGUCCGCCUCACGUAAGCUAUUGUGCAUCGGCUUCGUCUCCGUUAUUAUCUCAUGAGGGCAAUCAUAAGAGGCAAUUAGCAACAAGUACUUUAUUAAUCAUAAUAAUUAUAUUAGUGAUCGCGAUUUCGCUCUUGCUAAUCGGAACCGGGAUUAUAUAUAGAAAGAGGAGGCUCGUAAAAUCGAGGACCUGGAAAAUCACGGCAUUUCAAAAGGUGGAAUUCAAAGCAGAGGAUGUUUUGUACUGUUUGAAAGAAGAGAACAUAAUCGGCAGAGGCGGAGCUGGAAUCGUCUACAGAGGGUCCAUGCCUAACGGGAUUAAUAUCGCGAUUAAAAGACUGACUCGCGAUCACGGGUUUUUAGCGGAGAUCAAGACGUUGGGGAGAAUCAGGCAUAGGAAUAUUGUGAAACUAUUGGGAUACGUUUCGAAUAACGACGUGAAUAUGUUGUUGUAUGAGUAUAUGGCGCAGGGUAGUUUAGGUGAGAUGCUGCGUGGUAGUAAAGGGGCUCAUUUGCAGUGGGGAUUGCGGUGCAGGAUAGCGGUCGAUGCGGCAAAGGGGUUGAGCUAUUUGCACCACGACUGCACGCCUUCGAUUAUUCAUAGGGAUGUGAAAUCGAAUAAUAUUUUGCUUGAUGAUGAUUACGAAGCGCAUGUUGCCGAUUUUGGACUUGCUAAAUUUUGGAUUGGUGGUGGUGCUUCUGAGUGUAUGUCUUCGAUCGCCGGCUCCUACGGCUACAUUGCUCCAGAAUAUGCAUACACAUUGAAAGUGGACCAGAAAAGUGAUGUUUACAGCUUCGGGGUGGUGCUACUAGAGCUGAUAACUGGGCGGAAGCCGGUGGGGGAAUUCGGGGAUGGGGUCGAUAUAGUUAGAUGGGUGAGGGAAACUACAUCGGAGGUGUUGGAUGCCCCCGCCGCAGUGCUGGCGGUGGUGGACUCCAGGCUCACCGGAUAUCCACUGGCGGAGGUGGCGGACUUUUUCAACACCGCAAUGUUGUGCGUAGAGGACGAGAGCUCUGCCCGCCCUACGAUGCGAGAAGUGGUCAAUAUGCUCACCGGAGCCACCACCAUUUCACAUGCUAAAUUCAUCGGCCAUUGAUUUCUUUUUAAUUCAUUGAUGAGACUUUGUUGUUAUUUUGUUGUAAUUUCUAUGAAAAAUAAUUAUUGUAGCGAUACCUUUGUUUAUAAAAUAUGUAACUGUUUUUUACAAAAAAAAAAGUGAUUUUUUUUAAUAAAGUGAAAUUUCAGAGC